UUGAUAUUAAUUAAAGGUUGCCCUCUUAUAGAAUUGCAUGAUCUCACCAUCAUUACUAUCACUUCUGUUGAUAUUUGGUAUACUGUAUCAGUAAUCCGUUCACCUUUACAUGUUAAUUGUACUGUAUCGUUGUGUGGGGGUGAACUCGCCCCCAUAUACUGCCAUGGAGAUAUCAUUACCAAUGCCUGGAGGUUUGGUCUCCAGGAUAUAUGUCCAGGGACUAGGAUGCGGUUAAAUCCGAAAGAAAUUUUGAGAAACUUCGAAAGACUGGAGUAUCCUAUCGAGAAGAAAACGUUCGAGGCUUUUUGUCGCCUCAAUUUUGUGAACGUUCCUUAUUUAAUAAAUGUGUCAUUACCUGACUAUAAAGCUAGGCCACGUUUUCUCGAUUUGAUUCAAAGGAAGGAUCAUUUAAAACUUGCCGAAUCAGUUCACUUUCUGUGGAAUAAACUAGCUCGUAAAUUCACCGACGAUGUCCUUGUGAACACCUCAUUCUAUCCUAUUGUUCCCGUUAACAAUAAUUUUAUCGUCCCUGGUGGAAGAUUUCAAAUCUUCUUUUAUUGGGAUUCCUACUGGAUUUUGAAAGGUCUUAGCUCAUUGCUAAAUAAUCCAGGUCUCUAUCUCUCCGAGUUAAUAAGCACAGCGAAAGGAAUGAUUCAGAAUUUUGCGGAUGUUAUUUAUAGAAAUGGAUUCAUUCCAAACUCAGGAAGCAUUCAAUUGUCGCGUCGUUCUCAACCGCCUCUGUUUGUACAAAUGGUCAAAGAUUACUUUGCUGUUACGAAAAAUCUAGAAAGCCUGCGACGAUGGAUGCCGUCCAUGGACAAGGAGAUGCAAUGGUGGAUAGAUAAAAGAAGUGUGAAUAUUGAAUUACCUAGCAAAAGAACGGUUUUCAUGUUCCUUUACCGAACUGAGACAAAUUGUCCACGUCCAGAAAAUUACUUAUCUGAUUACUUACUUGGCAUGAAUAACACUGAUCCCUUGAGAACGUGGACGGCGAUGUCCACCGCCUGCGAGAUAUGGAGACUCUUUAGCAUGUCUAAGUGGUAUCACGAAAAGUAUCAUGCAUUACUGUCGGACAUACAUCUCCUAUCCUGGAAUGAAGAUGAAGGAGUAUGGUUUGACUACGAUCUUCAGCUAAACAAACAAAGGAAAGCCUUCUAUCCUUCCAAUGUAUUUCCACUCUUGCUGCCGGAAAUGCACUCAUUUGCUGGCCGCGUGUAUACUUAUCUAGAAAAAGAGGAAGUUUAUAAAUAUCCCGGUAAGAAUUACAAUUUCACAAACAGCACUUCGGCCUUAGGUGGCAUACCAUCUACACUUCCGGCGUUAGAAACAUCUGAGCAAUGGGACUUCCCAAAUGUGUGGGCGCCUACAGAACAUCUUUUCAUCCAGAGUCUUUUUAUUUCACAGCAUACUGGCUUACAGCAGAGAGCAAUAGAGGAAGCAGAUAAAUUUAUCAAUACUGUGUUCAAUGGAUUAUUCAAUCCAGAAGAAGGCACCCCUGCUGGACUCUGGGAGAAAUAUGACGCCCGUAGUUCAAAGGGUAAACCCGGUGACGGAGGGGAGUACAUAGUGCAGGAGGGAUUUGGAUGGACAAAUGGAGUUGUGAUGGAUCUCAUUAAUAUGAUGAAUGUACAGAGAGGUUCUAUACGCGCGGCAGGAAUGUCAUUUCUCGAAGAACCAGGACGUUCUUGGCUAGUUAUUAUGGUUAUUGGAGUACUACUAGUUUUGGCAGCGUUUGCCGUAUGUGGGCAUUUCGGAUAUGCCGGAUUCGGUCGCGAUAGAUUGAUCCACGUUCGUGAACCAUCUUCUCGACGUCUUCUAGAGGAUAGUGACAGUAGCGAAUAGUU